CGGGCUCCGGCUUCUCCCGGCUCUUGUCAGUGCGGUGACUGCGCUGGGAAACAUGGCGACCGAGGGAAUGAUCCUCACUAACCACGACCAUCAAAUCCGCGUCGGAGUCCUCACAGUGAGUGAUAGUUGCUUCAGGAAUCUUGCAGAAGAUCGCAGUGGGAUAAAUCUCAAAGAUCUCGUACAAGAUCCUUCUUUGUUGGGUGGGACUAUAUCAGCAUACAAGAUAGUACCAGAUGAAAUAGAAGAAAUCAAGGAAACCCUGAUAGAUUGGUGUGAUGAAAAGGAACUUAAUUUGAUAUUAACAACUGGAGGAACAGGGUUUGCACCACGAGAUGUUACUCCAGAGGCCACAAAAGAAGUAAUAGAACGGGAAGCACCAGGGAUGGCCCUGGCAAUGCUGAUGGGAUCACUUAAUGUUACACCUCUGGGCAUGCUCUCUAGGCCUGUAUGUGGAAUCAGAGGGAAAACUCUCAUAAUUAACCUGCCAGGUAGCAAGAAAGGAUCUCAGGAAUGCUUUCAGUUCAUACUGCCAGCUCUACCUCACGCCAUUGACCUUUUACGUGAUGCCAUUGUAAAAGUAAAGGAAGUGCAUGAUGAACUUGAAGAUUUACCUUCCCCACCACCUCCACUUUCCCCUCCUCCCACAACUAGCCCUCAUAAACAGACAGAAGACAAAGGGGUUCAAUGUGAAGAAGAAGAAGAAGAGAAGAAAGACAGUGGUGUUGCUUCAACAGAAGACAGUUCUUCAUCACAUAUAACUGCAGCAGCCAUUGCUGCCAAGAAGCAUCCAUUCUACACCAGUCCUGCUGUUAUCAUGGCACACGGUGAGCAGCCCAUCCCUGGUCUCAUCAAUUAUCCCCAUCAUGCAACAGGCAGUGCAGAUGAACGGAUUCCAGACUCCAUCAUUUCUCGUGGCGUUCAGGUGCUCCCACGAGACACAGCUUCCCUCAGCACUACUCCUUCAGAAUCACCUCGUGCUCAGGCUACAUCUCGCCUUUCCACAGCUUCCUGCCCAACACCAAAAGUCCAGUCCAGGUGCAGCAGCAAGGAGAACAUUCUCAGAGCCAGUCACAGUGCUGUUGAUAUCACCAAGGUGGCUAGAAGACAUCGCAUGUCUCCUUUUCCUCUAACGUCUAUGGACAAAGCCUUCAUCACAGUCCUGGAGAUGACUCCGGUGCUUGGGACAGAAAUCAUCAACUACCGAGAUGGAAUGGGGCGAGUCCUUGCUCAAGAUGUAUAUGCAAAAGACAACCUACCCCCAUUCCCAGCAUCAGUAAAAGAUGGCUAUGCUGUCCGAGCUGCUGAUGGCCCAGGAGAUCGUUUCAUCAUUGGGGAGUCCCAAGCUGGUGAACAGCCGACUCAGACAGUAAUGCCAGGACAAGUCAUGCGAGUUACAACAGGUGCUCCCAUCCCCUGCGGUGCUGAUGCAGUAGUACAAGUGGAAGAUACCGAACUUAUCAGGGAAUCCGAUGAUGUACGUCAUUACCAGGGCACUGAGGAACUUGAAGUACGAAUUCUGGUGCAAGCUCGGCCAGGCCAAGAUAUCAGACCUAUCGGCCAUGACAUUAAAAGAGGAGAAUGCGUUUUGGCCAAAGGAACCCACAUGGGCCCAUCAGAGAUUGGUCUUCUGGCCACUGUAGGUGUCACAGAGGUUGAAGUUAAUAAGUUCCCAGUGGUUGCAGUCAUGUCAACAGGGAAUGAGCUGCUAAAUCCUGAAGAUGACCUCUUACCAGGAAAGAUUCGAGACAGCAAUCGUUCAACCCUCUUAGCAACAAUUCAGGAACAUGGUUACCCCACAAUCAACUUGGGAAUUGUGGGAGACAACCCAGAUGACUUACUCAAUGCCUUGAAUGAGGGUAUCAGUCGUGCUGAUGUCAUCAUCACAUCAGGGGGUGUCUCCAUGGGGGAAAAGGACUAUCUCAAGCAGGUGCUGGACAUUGAUCUUCAUGCUCAGAUCCAUUUUGGCAGGGUUUUUAUGAAACCAGGCCUGCCAACAACAUUUGCAACUCUGGAUAUAGAUGGUGUAAGAAAAAUAAUCUUUGCACUGCCAGGGAAUCCUGUGUCAGCUGUGGUCACCUGCAAUCUCUUUGUUGUGCCUGCACUGAGAAAGAUGCAGGGCAUCUUGGAUCCUCGGCCAACCAUCAUCAAAGCCAGGUUAUCAUGUGAUGUAAAACUGGAUCCUCGUCCAGAAUACCAUCGGUGUAUACUGACUUGGCAUCACCAAGAACCACUGCCUUGGGCACAGAGUACAGGUAAUCAGAUGAGCAGCCGUCUGAUGAGCAUGCGCAGCGCCAACGGAUUGUUGAUGCUACCUCCAAAAACAGAGCAGUAUGUGGAGCUCCACAAGGGCGAGGUGGUGGACGUCAUGGUCAUUGGACGGCUAUGAUGGUCACCGGCAGCAGAAAGCUUUGAUGCAUGUCCACAUAUCAUUGACUGUAUCCUGUAAUAUGCAACGGCACAGCUAGUUUUUCUGAUUUGGAUAAAAGUUGAUCUGUAUAGUUAACACCUUGAACUAUAUUUCAAAAGAAUUUAAAUACCUUUUAAAGAAAAAAACACCUAAAAAAAAUCUUAACAGACAACUCUAUUCUGAUUAUAUCAAAGCAAAUUUUUCCUUUCUUGCAAUUGCUUUGUGUGUUCAAUGCUAGGUCUGAUAGCGAUAGCUUUUAGUAGACAGCAGUAGGUGCCUGCAGAACUUGUGUUUUUCUCAUCUUUAAAAUACAACUACUUAUGCUCUUAAAUCAAGGCUGUCUGCUUAUUUAUACUAGCGUAAGCAACACUUGGAUUUCCCUUCUUAGUACGCUUCAUAACCGCUUUACAGAGAGCUUUUGCUUGUUCUUUCUCAUGUGUCUCGUGUUUAUGUGCACAGUGCCAACAGAAGAGUGACCGGGGGGCCUGCUCUGCCUCAAGGAGCACCGUCCCCUGCAGAACGGCCGGGGGUCUCACCCUGCAGCCUCGUGGCACAGUACUCUUGGGCAGUAACUGGAUACCUUUUAUUUGAACAAACAAACUGGGGGAAAUAAUGCUUCCUUAAGUGCUGACAGCCUUUUUAAUCAAUUCAUUUAAAAUUGUACAGAAAAAAAAUCAAAGACUGAUCUUGUACAGAUAUUAGUGUUACCAGCAUUCAUGUGGAAAUCAAGAGCAAAGAAAAAAUAAUGUUAAACAACUCUGUACCAUAACAUUUUCUGUAAUGAUACUGAAACUUAAUGAAUAAAAAAAAUCCUUGAUCAUUAUUUAAAAA